AUAAGCAGUCAAGUGGCACUCAGAAAUUAAAGAGCUGGAAUCUGAACUUCAAUCCAAAUAAGAAAUUCUCAGGAACUUAAAAUAGAAUUGGAAAAGUACAGGCAACUCUACCUAGAAGAAUCAGAAAUGCGAAUGUCAUUGACAAAAAAACUGAGCAAGACUAAUGAGAGGCUGGCAGAUAUCAGUACCAAAUAUCUGGUGGAGAGACAGCAGAACAGACCUUUCCACAGCACUCUUACUAUGGGACCAGUCUUGGAAGGGCCUUCUGUUGGAAAUUUGACUAGUAGUUUACUGCUGGAUAGAAAUGUUACUCCAAGAGAAAAUGUAAUGAUUCCUACCUCAAGGCCGCAGACUUCAGUUAGCAGCAUUGAAACUCACUUGUUCAAGAUGCAGCAGAUGUUGGAAGACAGUAUACUCAGAGAACUAAAAGAAGUGGCUGCACAAGCCUGCGUUACCACCUACAGUGGAAAAAGACUCCCCUUUCUCCACAUCCUCACCAACAUCUGCCAUUUCCUGAUUUGUUCAUUUUAGCCAUUUUGACAGGUAUGAGAGAUGCAGAGACAUAGGCAGAGAGAGAAGCAGACUCCACACGAGGAGCCCGACGUGGGACUCGAUCCUGGAACUCCAGGAUCACUCCUGGGGUCAAAGGCAGGUGCUCAACUGCUGAGCCACCCAGGGAUCCCAAUUAUUACUAAUUUUAAAAUAAUAUAGUACAUGCAAGUGUUUGUAAGAAUUAUAUGUACUUGUGAGUUGAUCAGAGGGAUGGACUUUUGAUAGAAUUUACAAAUAAUUUUUGAAACUUAUAUCUAAUUGAGGGCAAUUAUAUGAUGUUCUCAUACACAAUCAUUAUGUGUCCUAAGAAAAGAUUAAUUAUAUUUAUCAAUUGUUACUCAAUGACUACUAUGAUUUGCAAGAAUGAUAUAUAUGGUAUUGAAAAUAGUGUUAUCACCUGUAUACUUAAAAAAUCUGCAGCCAUAACAUACAACCAGUGAGACUAUUGAUAAUUUCAAGAUUUUUAAAUAAAUGGGACCACUCAUGUGUACUUUUGUAUGACACACCAUCUUUCAUUCCUACCCAUUGCUUGCCUGGCACCUGCCACAUUUCUAGAGGUAAAAAGCCAAGGACAACACCAUUAAUUCAAUAAAAACAAGAGUUUUA